AUGCGCAUGGUGCAUGUUGGGUGUUAGAGAUAUAGAAGUAAAAAUUUUGAAAGACAGUUCUUUUAGCGACAGUGAAAACCUGAAAAGUGACAGGGAGGUAAAAUGUUUAAAAUAGAAAAGAUUAAAAGCAGGAAAACACUGUCAUUAGUUUAUUAGCUGAGCAGCGGCACCGCAAAAAAAAAACAAACUCUAGAUGUGUAGCAAUAUUGGGGUUUAGUUAUUCUGACUGUUGUGUAAGGGAAAUAACAGUCUGGAUACCAUUCUGUCGUUUUUACAUGUACUUCUCGGCAAAUCAACAUACUACCAGAAACUAAAAAGACGACUAAGUGCAGUAAUAGAAACGAUGUGCUCAUUAUACAGAUCUAUAUGAACAGACUAUACAGUACUGUACUGUAGUGUAGUAUAUGUUAUGAAAAGCAAAAUUCCCAUCCAAAUUCCCAGGCUAGGGAAAUAGGAGUACUUGAAUUAAACUGAACUGAUAUGGAGUUGACAGAGACUAAUCACCUAAUGACUUUGACUUUCUUUGGAUCAUAGAUCUAAUGCUCCGGUAUUGUACGGUAUUCGUGACGUGUUGCUAGGGCGUGAAGUCAAGCAUGGCGUUAUAAACAAGAUGGCGGACGAAUGGGACAGGUGCGCUCGUGUUUCAAACAACAAACUGAUAAUUUCUCAACCUGAAAACAUUGACACUAAAACUGUGAAGUGACUUUAUAAAGGAUAUCGGAAUUAAAUGUUAUUUUCUCAUGCUUGGAUCUUAUUUAUUUGUUUAUUACGGUACGAUAAAAGUUGAUCAUGAAAAGUUUUGAAACUUCACCAUGUAGGCUACUUGAUGUAGCAGCAGCAAUGUUAUAGUUUUUAAAUAGAUAAAGCACUAUGGGUUCAGAUUUGUACUUCUUUGAGCAGUGUGAGACAAGAAAAGUUGCAAGAAGAUACAGAAAAUUACCAGAAGAUCUUCCUGAGAGUCUUAGGUUUGCACACUUGAAUCCUAAAGUGGCAGCUCUGCUUGCAAGUAAAGAGCGUGGCCAGAAAGUUGACAGUGAAGAUCCAUUUGGAGAUGGGCUCGGCAAGAAGAGUUUGCUACCAGAUAUCAAUGCUGCCUUUCAAAAUGUACGAAAUCAGUUUGAUAGUGCAUUGUCUAAUGAUGAAGACUCUCAAAGAUAUUUAUUUGAGGAAGCAAAGCUUUCUGCUAGCGCCAUUUUACGUCAGUUAGCACAAAUAAUAUACUUUUAUGAGGAUUUGCAUAAAUUAAUUCCUAAAAGUUUAGAAUAUCAUUUGAUGUCUGGGUAUGCUGAGUUUACUAAUGAUAUUGUGGUUGUACCAAGAGAAUGGCAGACUCAAGAGAUGAAGGAACAGUUUUUGGCAAAACAACAACAAGAACUAAAUGUAAACAGUGAAGAAGACCUUUCUGAGACUGAAAUAAAUAUGCUUACUGGGAAAUCAAAAUCACGCUUAGGUACGGAGCGCUCAGGAAGUGAACUUGAGAAAAAAUUAAACAUUAAGAAAAGUAAAGGAAAGCUUGGAGCAAUAGAGCAAAGUGAUGACACUGAAAGUAUACUGCCAAAGUCUGAGUCUCGUCAGGGAAAAAGGAGUGAAAGCAGGAUAUCAGUAGGUUCAACACUCAGACAUCCAAUUGAAGCAGCAAGUCUAAGUAGAAUGGGGAGCAGGCGUAAAGGAUCCAUAUAUGGCCAGUCUCCUAGUAUUAUGAGAAAUCGUAUGCGAGAUGAUGUCUUUUCACAAAUAGGGGAAACACCUUCUGAACCACGAUGUUCAACAAUGGCUAAUCCAUUGUCUUAUAUGCAGACAAUUAACUUCCAACUCUCAAACUCAGCAUUUGAAGACAAAGGAUGGAUCAUGUUGAAAGGCAGACAGGAAGAAGUAGAUCAAAGUCAGAUUUUAGAAUACUGUGUUCAGCGUCUCCAAGAAUCUUUAAAGUCAAUGACUGCCCAGGCAACUAAAGAAUUAGAUCAGGGCUUUGAUAAACCUGUAAUUGUACGAUAUUAUGGUGAUGCAAAGAGAGAAACACUGCUCAAAUAUAGAAAAUCUCCAAAUAAAAUGUCACCUAUCCCAGGCAAUAAACCUUACAAACCAAAGAUACCCAGCAUUAGUGAUGAGAAAAAUGAGGGGAAGAAACUCAUGCAAGCUUCACAUAUAGAUGGCAGCACUGUUAUAUAUUACCCAUCAGGUCGUCCGGCUGUGGUGUAUAGUGCCGCAGGGUUUGGUCGGCCAGGUUAUUACACUAUUGUGUAUGAAGAUGGUAUAGAUCCUCGCAUGUUAGCAUGCUUUACUCCUAGCGGUCGUGGUGUCUGCUACUAUGAUAACGGUGUUGUCAGAUUUUUAUCAACUGAGAAAGGUGGUCACCUAACAGAGCUCAAUGGUAAACUUAUCAGAAAAUGGAAGUGGCCACAGGCUAAUGUGAAAAUCACAGAACCUAUUAGCUUCCAGUUGAAUAAUCAUAUAAUGUUCCGCUGUGUUGGCCAAACCCAGAUGACUUUUGUGUUCAGUUGUCAGCGUGAGAUGUCAAGGUUUAGUGUGGGACUUGUGCCAGAAGCUGACGAAUAUAAACCUAUAGAGGAAACAGACCAGUUACUCACAGCAUUCACUUUCUCUUCCAAAGCAGCCAAAGAUUUGAUGCGUAUUUUUGCACCCAGUAAAAAGAACAAGAAAAGGCCAAGAAAAAAAAAAGAUAAAACUGGCGGGGACACUAAACAUGAUGUGAAAAAGCAAGUGUCAUUUGUGGAACAACCUGCAGUGUCAACGGAAAUCGGCUUCUUACCUCAAUCACCAAUGUUCAACACUAGAAGAGGGUCUGUAAGUCCGGGUCUUUUGCAUGGAACCAGACACCAGUCGUUAUUUCCUGGUAUAUCUCUUCCUUCAGAAAGAGAUGAGUCAGAUGUUGAAGAUACUGAUUCAGCAGAUAAAACAAAACAUUUACUUAGCAAUAACUUACAUCCAGCAAGGACAGGGUCUAUCAGUCCAAACAUGAUUAGACAGAAAUCAUCAUCCCAAAUGAAAGAGCAAGCAAAAUCAUGUAUUGGUAAAAGAUUGUCUGAGGUUAGACCAGCUUCAACUCUAGGUAGAAUACAAUCUGAUCAAGAGAAAACAGGCAUUACUAAAAGACAAUCAGUAACUCCAGAAUCACCUACACUUAACAGUCUUGGAAGAGAGUAUUGUAAACAGAAAAGGACACAGUCUGCUAGGAAACCAAAUAUCAAGUUUAAUCAAAUUGGACAUAAAAAGCUUCUUGGGAAAAGGAGAGAAAAGGCAGCAGAGAAACAAGAGAAAGAGGAGCCUAAAAUUUCAGAAGAAAGUCACCUUUUCAUUCAAACAGAGGCAUAUACUGACAGGUGGGAACAUAAGAAAAUAGCGGAUGAAGAGGCAAGAAGAGCUGAAAAAGAAGCUUUUAGACAGGCAGAGAAAACUAAGCGGAAAAGAAGGAAAUCAGUAAUGGCAAAAGUCAGCGUUCUAAAUAUUAAACCAAAAGGUCAUUCAGCAAAAAGUAAAAUUGUGGCUGUAGAUCAAGAAUAUGUGGGUAAAAGAGCACAAUCUGCGCAACCUUACAUGAAACAUUCUGAUAAUUCAUCAAAGGGUGAUGCUCAAAAAGCAGGAUAUGAUCAGGCUGCAAGUGUUGAAACUAGAGAACCUGUUCCAAGAACAGUGGUUGAUAUUGAAUGCAACAAGAAAGAAACGGAAUCUGAAGUUACAGGAAAGCCAAAGAGACAUGUUAAAAGUGAUGGUGAGAUGAAGUCAGAGGAAAAGUCAGAAACUGAUGAAAAACUGCAAUCAGAGAUACAGACUAGUAUUGGUGGUAUACUAAAACCAACUGAAACUUCCGGUAAAAUAGGUCAAAACAAAGAAACAGAAACUGAUAGUAAAAUAUGUCAAAAGGAACUCACAGAUAAAAAAGCAGCUGCAUCUUAUGUGAAAAAUUUGCCAGAAAUAAUUCUUGAAACACCUGAUGGAACUCAAGAAGUUAUCUCAGAAGAAGUCCAAAUUGCAAAAAGUUAUGAUGAAGAUUCUGAUAUUGUUGAACCUCUUGCAAAACCAGUAAUGUUACGAAAAAGAGGUCUAUCUAUGUUUCAAGCCCCAACUGUUAAAAAAGUUCCAGGUAAUGCAUCUGAAGCAGAUGAUUCAGAUGAACCAAAUACAAAAGAAGCAGAACCAUCCAUAAAACCUGGGAUGUUAAGGAGAAGAGGUAUGCCCAUGUGUGUAGGUAUGUUAGACAAUGGUGAGAAAGCAGACGAAAAGGAUGGUACACACAGUCCUAAAGGUCGCAGACAGUUGGUAGUUAUACAGUCCAUUAUGGCAUUCAGACGUAAUGUUCUGAAGAAGAAGGGAAUUAUUCUGAGUGAGAAUGAGGAAGAAGAAGAAAGUGAUGAGGAUGAUUCUGAUACGCAAACGUCCAAGAGUCAGUCAUCAGAAAUACUCAAACUGCUGCAAGAUUUUCCAGACAAAGUUCAUUAUGAGUUAGAAGCUGAUAAAGAACUUGCCAGACUUCAAAGAAAAGCAAGAAAUCUGGUAGAUGAUUGGAUGGAACAUUACAGAAUAGCUGUAGGACUAACCUCCAUGUCUCUGCUGAAUGUCAAAGAGAAUCCUAACUACAGUAUAGCUAAUCGUAACAUCAAAUCAGCCAGAAUCUCUGAUCAUCAGCUAGAGAUCCGCAGAGCAGUUCUUGGUGUUGAUGAUCAUGUUAUUCCAAAAAAGAAAAGUAGAAUACCGUCUGCACCUCUCGAUGGUUUAGGGAAUGAAUAUAUUGAUGAGGACUUCCAGAACGAACUGAGUGCCAGACAUGGUAAUACAGGGGUAUCUUUUGAGGAGAAGGCCCCAGCAGCUGGGGAUGGUACUAUGUCACCAACGGCAACAGCUCUCAUCAGCAGACUAGCAGAAAAUACUGGUAGAAGGUCUGCACGAUCCAGAGCCUCAACCAGUGCACGUAGCAUGUCACCAGCCAGGCAGCAGACUGCAGUGUCAGUCACCGAUCGUGUCCCAUCAGCCCCUCCUCCAGUAUCAAGAAGCCACUGCCCAUUAGUUAUACGACAACAGAUUCUAGGUUAUGAGAAGCCACAGUGUCGUUGUAGUCGACAUCACAUUCCGUUCAUAUUGGAUCUUGAACUUGAUGAUUUUAUAAACACUGAAACACCAGAGGGACAGCUCAUUGUAAUUAUGGUUGUAUCUUCACUGAAAAACUUGAAAAAUCGAACUUUUCGUGUUGGAUAUGACUUUUACGUGAACAAAGAAGGUGUUGCAUGCCGUAGGGUGUUUCCGGGUAUAACAAAAGCAGAGGAGAUGUUGAAUGAGAUAUACAGCAAUCAGAACAGGAACAGGACACGACCAUGUGUACAGAGUAGGGGGGAUAUGUUCCGUGUUUUCAAGUAUGAUAUCAACUCGGCUGCAGAAAUGUCAGACCAUACACAGCCACUCUUGAUGACAAGACAUAAUGUCGUACCUGGAAUGAUCCUAAUAUACUGUGAUGGGCACCUGUAUUUCUGUGAUCAUAUAUUCAAUGGAUAUGGCAACACAAGAAAAGACUUCAAGAAACAGCUGAUGAAGUCUCGACAUGAUGCCAUACACGGCAAUGCACUCCCCAAAGACUUCAGAUUCAGUCCAAGUAGAGGGAAGAGUGGCAUGCGGUCAGCCUGGGGUGGCGAGAUAGGCGGGGCGGGGGUAGACAAAUACAGCAGUACGGGUACCGUAGUGGACGGCACGCUACAGCCUAUACACAGACCUAACUCAGAUUCUUCUGAUGGUGAACUCAGUGCCGGAGUCCAUCUUGAUGCGGUCAAAGAGAAGGUGGAUCUAGGUCCAUUCCAUAAAGAAAUACAAGUUCGACUUAAGCCACUUAUAAGCUGCCGAAUGCCUAGUAAUAGCAGGUUGUCAAGCAGAAGGCCGUUUCUGCCUCAUAUCGAGAAUAAACAGAUUACAAGCAGCCCAAUACCUCAGCAUGAGUCUAUCAGCAACUGGAUUUCAGCCUGCUACCCUAACCCCUCAACCGGUAGUCACCAGUCACUUACAACCAGUCUAACACAGUCAUCUUAACCGUGAAUGGAAAGAAUACCGCACAUGUUGAUACACUCGGGUCCGAUAUCAGAUUAGCAGCACAGUAUUCAAUUAAGAAAUUGUAAAACAAGGCAGUUCAGAAACUACUGUUUUGAAGUUGAUGUAAUGGAAAUUGGUCUUUUGGCUGCAUGGGAAUAAAAGGCACAUUGUAACAUUUCCAAUGUGACUGUACUACAUGUUAUUGUAGUUUCAAAACAAUACAGCACAUAGCUUGGAGUUCUUGUGAAAAUUACAGAAAGUUAUCAGUGACUGUUUUGUCAAAUGAUGCAUCCCUAAAACCUAAAAAAAUGUUCAUUAUCUUUGUAUUUGUAGACACUACCUGUUUAAAUUUAUUCUGAUAUCAAAUUUUGCAAAUAAUGGUGCAAAUGACACAUGAACGUUUACAUAUGUUUUGGGAGACAAGUGUUGAUGGAAUGUUGUUUUGCUCAUGAUAUAUUGUCAGACUGUGGCUUUAAGAUACCAGCUUACAUUGUCUAAGAAAAUGCAUACAUUUCAUAG